UGUAUGGUCGCUGUUUUUGUUUACCUGUGCGCCAGCAAAGUGUCGGUCGUCUUUAUUACCGUUCUGACCGUCCACACAGUUAAAUUAUAUUUAAAAAUAAUGUGUGCCGCGCUAUCAGGCUUUCGGCGCUUUCUUCACUGGGGCCCCAUCACCGCACUAAGCAUCAUUAAGUGCAUCACGCUGACGACACUCUACAUGAACUCGAUGUGGUGGCCACCAAAUGAAUCGUUUGCCGCCUUCGCCCAUCAGGCUUUGUUCCUGCUACUCUCCACUUUGGCCACAUACAAUUACAUCAUGGCCACGGUGACAGGUCCCGGCUUGCUACCCAAACAAUGGCAGCCCAAGGACCCCAAGGACACGGAGUUCCUGCAGUUCUGCAAAGAGUGUGAGGGCUAUAAAGCUCCUCGAUCCCAUCACUGCCGCAAAUGCAAUCGCUGUGUGAAGAAGAUGGAUCAUCAUUGCCCCUGGAUCAAUCAUUGCGUUGGCUGGGCCAAUCACGCCUACUUCACAUAUUUUCUGCUCUUCUCCAUUCUGGGCAGUAUUCAGGGAUCAGUGGUGCUCAGUUGUUCCUUCUAUCGCGGCAUUUACCGCUACUAUUAUUUGACCCAUGGCCUGGCGCACUUGGCCAGCGUUCAGUUCACGGUGGGCAGUAUUAUAAUGUGCAUACUGGGCAUGGGUCUGGCCAUUGGUGUCGUGAUUGGCCUCAGCAUGCUGCUGUACAUUCAACUCAAGACGAUUGUCAGCAAUCAAACGGGCAUCGAAAUUUGGAUUGUGGAGAAGGCGCUCUACCGUCGCUACAGAUCGCAAACGGAGGAGCCGUAUGUGUAUCCCUAUGAUCUGGGCUGGCGAAGCAAUCUGCGUCAGGUGUUCAAUGACGAGUGUCAAACUCGCGGCGACGGCAUCGAAUGGCCCGUCGUAGAAGGUUGCAAUCAGUACUCACUAACAUGCGAACAGCUGGCCCAGAAGGAGGAGAAGAGAGCGCGCACACGCACCUACAAGUGCAUAGCGAAUGUCUCUGGUCGCUGGCUGCCCAUAUUCUCACAAGGCUGGCGCGUGUGCGUCAGUGCUCCUUGCACCGAUGAGCCACGCAUUCGCCUGCAACCGGGCGACAUCAUCAGGGUGACGCGUUUCCGUCGUCACUGGCUGUUUGGAGAGCGGGAAGUCAGCGAUACGCUGCAGAAGCGGAAGUCGCCAAGAAGAGGUCCUAUUCGUGGUUGGUUUCCUCGGCGCUGUGUUGUGGGACUCAGCGAAGUGCCUGAUUCGGCGGACAGCAGCGAAGAUAGUCCAAAAGGCAAAGCUGCUCCAGCUGCUUUUGCGGCAAUAGCUGGCAAUAGUAAUGGCAAUGGGCACAGCCAUCUGAAGCAGCAGCAACGCAAUGGACACAGUAAGAAGUAUAUGUAAGCAAGCCAUGGCAAAAUCCAAAUGCGUCCAAACUGCAGAUCGGCUUGUGAAUAGUGUUACAAAAAAGUCUCUUGAGUGGCGCGACUAUAACGCCAUCUCAACAUCUCGUUUACAUUGUUAGCUGAAAGCCAGUCAAUAAAAGUUGAUAAACUCGAAGAACAAGGAUGUUGUUAAAUGAAAAGUUUCUCAUCUACUUGUAAUGAAUUAUUAAUAUGUUUAUGAGCUUGUAAUUUAUCUGCAACUGACAUAAAAAACAUUGCUAUAGAGUGCAUUAUAAAUUCGAUAACAUGUAUAUUCGUACAGUGUAAAAUUUGAAAUAAGAUAUAUUGUAUAUUAUUAUAAUGUCCGCCCCCGUGCAGUUAAAAUUUGAUUCCAAAUACAUGUAGUGUAAAUAGUUCAGUUUACUUUGCUGCCAUUGCUGCCUCGAUUUCCUCCACUGUACGCGGCACAAUUGCAAAGUUCUCGGUGCCCGUCUUCGUAAUCAGCACAUCAUCUUCAAUGCGCACUCCGCCAAAGUUACGGAAUCGCUCAAACACCUCCACAUUCAGGAAUUUACGUAACUCGGGAUUAGCCAGCGCAUUGUUCAUCAG